UACCGAAAGCAUCGAGUGCUUAAGUAGAAAUGAGACGUGUUACUUGCCAAACAUAGUUGCUUAUUUAUUUAUUGAUAAUAUUAUAAUAACUAUUAAAACAAUUAUUAUAUUUGUAAAAAAAAAAACAAAAAAAUUAACUAUUUUUUUUAUAUGAUUUUUAUUAGAUUUCAAUCAUUCUCGUUUUUUUUUUUUUUUCGAAUUUUAUUUAAUCGAUAUUAAUUAUUAAUGAUAUAAUUUUAUAUAUUAUUAUUGGUUAUUGAGUGUCAUUCUUUUGUGUGUGUUCACUUGUGAUACAAGUCAGAGUUAUUACACGAGUUUACUGAUAUUUACAAGUUUCGAAACAGUCAGCCACGGGACUCGGAUUAAUUCACAACUUUACUCUCAUCGAAAAAAAAAAGCACUGCUUUGAAAAGCGAAAAAAUUAUAAAACAAAUAGGAGCUUUGAUGAGAGGAAAAUAUUUAUCGAUAAAAAUAUUAUAAUUUAAUAAAUAUUAUUAAGAUUAUAUUAUGGCGCCAUCGACAGAGCUUAAAGGUGGCUGUUGUGAUUCAGCAACAACAAAACAUAAUGGUCAUUUUGAAAGUAAAAAUGAUUUUCAAUUGGAAAUUAAAAAUGACAAUAAUAACGAGGUUGAAGUGGAGAUGGUGGUACCACCAGACGGUGGUUGGGGCUGGGUUAUUGUUGCAGCAUCAUUUAUGUGUAAUUUAAUUGUCGAUGGAAUAAUAUUUAGUUUUGGAACAUUUUUAAAACACAUUGUCAGUGAAUUUGAUGUAUCUGAUCCAGAAGUUGCUAUGGUUGGAUCAUUACAAACUGGCUUUUACUUGAUGGCAGGUCCAUUUGUAUCAGCAUUAGCAAAUAGAUAUGGAUUUCGAUUAGUUGCUAUGGUUGGAAGUGUUAUUAGCUGUGGAGCAUUUGUGUUAUCUAGUAUGAGUUCAUCAAUUAAAAUUCUUUGCAUUACUUACGGUGUUAUAGGGGGCGUUGGGUGUGGAUUGAUAUACGUGCCAGCAGUGAUAACAACAGGAUUUUAUUUUGAAAAAUGGCGAGCACUUGCAACUGGUAUUGCUGUUUGUGGUUCUGGUAUUGGUGCUUUUGUACUUGCACCAGUAUCAACUGAGUUAAUUAAAAAUUAUGGAUGGAGAAGAGCAAUGUUUAUUCAGGGUGUUAUGUUACUGCAUUGUGCUGUAUUUGGUGCAUUAUUUCGUCCACUUCGUCCAAAAAGAAUAAAAGUCAAACAAUUUGAAGUUAAACAAGAAAAUAUUGGCAAUGAAUCAAAAAAUCCUUUAAUGAUAAAAGGUAUAUCAGUUAAUUCACUUCAUGCAAGUCAACCACUUCCAGUUGGUUGGAUAUUUAAAACAAAUAAUAAUGCUGAAUAUCCGACAGCAGCUCAAGUCAUUGGAAGUAAUCCAGAAAUUGUUGUCAAUGGAUCAGUACGUUCACUUCAUCAUGUAUCAUCAAUAAUGGAAAAACAAUUAUCAACAUCAGAAAAAAGACUUUCAGUACCAAUUUAUCCAGAAAUGGAUAUUGUAACUGAUGACAUUAAAACAACUGAAGAAGAAAAUAAUUUACUUUCCGGUGACCUAGAAAGACUAAAUGGUCGGAUACCAACAAUUCGAAGACAUACAAUUAGUGGACGACGUGAUGAAAAUGGUAGUCAACAUUCAUUAAAAAAAGUUGGUAAACGUAAUUCAACAUCAAGAGAUCCACAAAGACCAUUUUAUAGAGAUGAUAUUUUUUAUGGUGGUUCAUUGGCAAGAUUACCACACUACAAAUCUCAAAUGUCUUCAGUUGGUUAUCACAUGUCUGUAACAAGAUUACCAACAGCUCAUGAUGUUGAAGAAGAAAAAAGUGGAAAUUGUUAUAUAUGUCCAGAAAGUGUAACACGUAUAUUAACAACAAUGCUUGAUUUAAGUUUAUUAAAAAGUCCAUCAUUUUUAAUACUUGCAAUAAGUGGUGGUUUAACAAUGCUUGGUUUUUAUACACCAUUUAUGUAUUUACCAGGUCGUGCUAAAGAUAUGGGUGUUGAUGAUAGCUAUGGAACAUUGAUGGUAUCUGUUAUUGGAAUUGCAAAUACAAUUGGACGUAUAGUUUGUGGUUUAGCAAGUAGUAUUCCACGUGUUGAUACACUCAUUGUUAAUAAUAUAUUUAUAACUGUUGGUGGUCUUGUAACAAUGUUAUCUUGUAUAUCAAUGACUGUUGGAUACCAGUUUUCUUAUGCUGCUAUCUUUGGAUUAAGUAUUUCUGUUUUUGCUGCAUUGAGAUCAAUUCUUGUUGUUGAAUUAAUGGGUUUAGAAAAAUUAACAAAUGCAUUUGGGCUUAUUUUAUUAUUUCAAGGAAUUGCUGCAACUAUUGGCACACCUUUGGCUGGAUUUCUUGGAACUUAUUUUGAGAGUACAAAUGCACCAUUUUAUAUUGCUGGUGCAGUUAUUGUUUUAUCAGCAGUUAUAUGCUAUCCACUUAAAGCAAUAAAUAGAUGGGAAAAUAGAAAAACAAAUCAACACUUAGAUGAAACAACACCUUAAAUAUAAAUAAUAAGUUUAAAUUGUUUUUUAUUUUAAAGACUGCAAAAUUCUGUGAAAAUUUGCAUUUAAAUUUGUCAAUUAAAUAAAAAAAAUGUAGAUUUUAUUUUUCAUAGAAAAAAAAUAAUUGUUAGAAAAAUAUAUAUUUUUAUUAAGAGAUUGCGAGUGUGUGAAUGUGAUUCGCAAGUACAAAAUAAAAAAAAAGUCUUCCAGCAUUUAAUAAACUUUUAAAGUUUGUUAUACUAUAAAAAAUGUAAAAAAAGGUAUUGUAAUAUAUUUUGUAAAAUAAUAUCAACGAGCAUUAGAUACUCAAGAUGAACAAAUAAGAAAAAGAAAUAAAAAAAAAUGUAUAGAUAUUUAUAAUUACACAGCUCAAUUAUUAAAGAAAAGAGUGUAUACUAUUAUUUUUGUUAAUACUGCGAUGUCGCAAUUACUUUAACAAAAAAAAUAAAUAUGUUAUAUAUAUUUGUAAAUGAGAUAUAAAAAAGAAAAAAUGAAUAAUGUGAUACAGAGCAUUUAGUAAAAUAAAUAAAAUAAAAAAUAUAUAUUUAUUUGUAAAAUAAUGAUGCAAAAAAACAUAUAUAAAUAUAAAUAUAUACGUAUGUUAUUUACAAUAAUAAAUUGUUCUAAAUUAGCAUAUUAAAAAGAAAUUAAGUUAUCAAUAUACAAAUAAUUUUAUUACAUCAUUUAUCAUUUAAAUAACGUCACAAAUGUCAUUGAUAAAAAUAUCCGUGACAUCUGAAUUAAUAACACACAUUGAACUCAAAGAUAUAUAAUAAUUAUUAUUGUUAUUAUAAUAAUAUAUUUUUAUUAUUUAUAAAAAAAAAAAAAUUACGAUAAAAAUGAUAAUUUUUUAAUCGAAAAAAAUGAUUAUAUAUUAAAAAAAAUUCCACUCAAUUUGUAAAAUAUCUUGUGUAGAAUAUAAUUCAAGGUUAAGAUAAAUUAUUAUUAUGUUUUUUUUUUAAUUGAAUUGUUUUUAUAAUUAAAAAAAAAAAAAAACAACUAUAAUUAUAAUCAUUGAUAUACAAUGUUUAUUUUUCAUUCACAUAAUUACUAGUCUCUGAAGACAUUUUUUAAAUCAACAAUAUUAAUAACUGUGCCAUUAUCAUAAUUUUAAAAUAUUAUAUAUAUUUUUUUUUUUUUAAUUAUUCUUUAAAGAUAUGUAUAUGAAUGUUUUAUUUAUCAAGUCAAUGUAUAUCGCAUUAGUCAUCAAUUAAUAUUAAUGAUUAGUCUGAAGAAUAAAUAAAAUAUAAAUUGAA